AUGGAAGCGCCUUGCAGUGGCAAACCCUCGCGAAUUCGCCUCCGAAAAGUCGUCCUGGGACUGCCUCGUCGCGCCUCUCUUUCACUCGGCAAGGCGCCCGGCCUCAAGGUCUGGCGCCUCUUCCGCUGCUCACGAUUCUGUUCAGAAGGCUCCUCGCCUUGCGCCCCGAUUGCUCCGAAAACGCUCACCCCUCCUCCUUGCGCCCGUUACCUCGUCUUGCCGUACAGGAACGGAAUCACGCAGAAAAGCCACCGUCGGAGCCGCGACGCAAGCGAAGAUGUGUCGCCUGGAAUCUUGCAGCUUCCAGGUGUACAUACACCAGAGCAGCUUGUCCUUCUGGGACGCCAGGCGGUCAGUGAUUGCGAGGCUUUCCUCGCAGCUGGCGGUGCACCGACCUCGUCUCCUCUAGACAGGCACGAGCAAGGAAAACCGUCCUCUCCCUCGUCACCUUCUUCUUCCUCUUCUCCUUCUUCUUCCUCGUCACCUUCUUCUUCCUCUUCUCCUUCUUCUCCCUCUUCUCCUUCUUCUUCCUCUUCUCCUUCUUCUUCCUCUUCUCCUUCUUCUUCCUCUUCUCCUGCCGAGGCUUCAGGUGAUUUUGCUUUGUGGGCAGAAGCGCGGCGCGCGGUACAGGCUCUGGACGCAGUCAGCAACACUCUCUGCAAAAUAGCCGACGGAUCGGAGCUUCUGAGGCAAGUUCACCCGGACCACAGAUGGAAGCAUGCAGGCGCCGAGGUCGUUGGACACGUGCAGGACUUCAUGAGUCGAGUGAAUGUGAACAACAAGGUGUACGACCAGAUGCACCGGCUCACUGAGACUUUGGGGCCUUCUCUUUCCCGAGACGCACAUCCCCCUUCCUGCCUUCCUCCCUCCUCGCCUUCCUCCACUUGCGCCUCUCCUUCGGACUCUCCUUCGGACUCUCCUUCGGACUCUCCUUCUGCCUGUCCUGUUCCGGCCUCGACGUUUUCUCCUUUCCCCCCUGAGUCGAAGCACACGGAGGGACAGCUGCGAGAGGGCGAAGAAGCGACUGCGAGCUCGCUGCAGAGAAACGAUGCAAAGCCCGAGCAGGAGAGUCUCACGGUAGAGGAAAUUCUUGUCCUGCGAAGCAUGCGGGACUCGAUGGAGCAGCAAGGCGUCUUCUUGGAGCCUGAAGUGAAGGAUCGCUACUUGAGGCUGAUGACAGAGGAAGCGCGUCUCGCAGCUGAGAUCGCCGAACGUCUGGAGGAGCCUUCGAACUCAGAAGCCGCCGUCGCGUCCGGGCCGAGUCGCGUUUCUUCUGCUGGUAUUGCGUCCUCUCUGCCUCGCGGUUCUGUCUCCGCAGGACUCGUGAUUUCCACCGACGCGCUCGUCGCCUCCGGGAUUCCUCCGGACGUAGUGGCCGAGCUGCAAGGCGAAAAACCUUUCUUCUCCUCGAGGCGGCGGGCGCUACGAGGCAGCGGACCCGGGAGCGACAAGGCGUUCGUUGCGGCGCACAGCGCGCUUGCGCACGUCCUCCUCAGGGAAUGUGCCGAGGCAUCCAUUCGCCGCGAUGUCUACGAGCUUCAACGCGCCACCACCAGACACGAUGAGGAGACCGAGAAGCGGCUUUUUCAUCUCUUGCAUCUUCGGCAAGAACUCGCGAAGCUGCGCGGCUACACCACGUGGACGGCGUACGCGCAACGAGAUGGCAUUUUGAAGACGCCGGAAACGAUCGACGCGUUCCUGUCGCGGCUUCUUGACGCGCUGCGGCCUGGAGUUGAAACAGAGUUGAAGACGCUGGCGGCCUUCGGCGCGUCCUCGGGUCUUCUCAGAAACGCGCAACAGGGCGGCGUUGAGCCUUGGGACCUCCCGUUUCUUCUCCGUGCCUACAGUAUCUCUACAACGCACCCGUCGCCUGCGGCAGGCAGCUCCAUUUCGGUCCGCGCGCUUCUCCAGGGCGUGCAAACGGUUCUGGAGCGCCUUCUGGGUCUUCGCCUUGUCAGAACGACGCCGGCGAAAGGAGAGACUUGGCACUGGAGCGUCCUUCGCUUCGAACUCCAUGAAGACUUCUCGGCGCGUGCAUCCCGCCUCUUCUCCGUCUCGUCUUCUUCGUCUUCUUCUCUCCGGGGCGUGCUGUAUCUGGAUCUUUGGGAGCGUCCGAACAAGACGCGGCUGCUUGCGCAGUUUACUGUCCGCGGGUCCAAGCGCCUGUCGUACGCUCACGCCCAGGGAUGGCGACUGGGAGGGCCUUUGUGGAUGUCCUCUGUGGAGCGCCUGUCUUACUCAGAGCGCGACGCUGGACAGGGUGGUGCACAGGAAAUGGACCACGUGAGCCUUGCCGGUGCCGAGCUUCGGCAGAUUCCUUGCACGGCUCUGGUCUGCAGCUUCCAGCUGCCUCCCGACGUCGACGCGACUCAGCAAACAGGCCCCGACGUCGAUCGCCUGCUGGAGAACACGCGUCUCUCCGCGUCCCUCAGUCGGAGUCUUCUCCACGAGUUCGGCCAUGUUCUCCAUUCCCUCAUUUCCGACACGGAACUCCAGCAUUUGUCUGGGACUCGAGGAGCGGUGGACUUUGCGGAGUUUCCGUCCAAUCUCUUUGAGCACUUUAUGGCGCCUCUUGUGCUCGAGCGCCUUCCGUCAGAGGCAAAGCAGCCCCGCACGCUCCAAGGUUCUGGAUCUCAACCCGCUCACUGCAACUUCGGACACCUCAGCGCGCUGCAGCUGCUUCUGCAUGCACUCAUGGACCAGGCCUUCUACAGUUUCGUGCCGACUUCUGGGCAAGCUGCAAGUGAUGUACCCUGUUCGAAUCCCCUUGCUUCUGGUGCGUGUUCGUCCUCGGCGUCUGUGGACGCCCAGCUGGCGGCUCUGCACAGGUGUCUAGACACCGCGUACAGCAAACACAGCUGGUUAGCUGGAGCGCCUCUUUCGGGGGCAACUGGAAAAUCCAUCUGCGACGUAGUUGGAAGGCCACAAAUCGCGCGCUUCGAGCAUCUCAUCCACUACGGUGGAAGCUACUUCUGCUACCUCCUCUGUCGCGUUAUGUCAAGUUUCGCGUGGCAGCACGCGUUUGCCAGGGACCCAUUCAACAGAGAAACGGGCAAACGGUUGCACGCAAUCCUGCGUCGCGGCUCUGUCGAUUGCUCGCUUCAACCGAUUCUUGACCUGGCCGGCCCCGGUGCCCUGUCUGAAGCACAGAAGAUUCACCUUGUGAGGAACCCCCACCUCCUUCCUGUCGAGCCGUUCUUGGACGAACUUGCUGACGACGUCGCAGCGGCCGCCGAGCUUCCUUUCGGGUGA